GAGUUUUUCCUUUUUCUUUUCUUUCUUUCUUUUUUUUUUUUCCUCUUCCAGAGUAUUUACUGUUAUCAGUUUUAUUAAUGGGUUUUACAGUGUUAACCUUUUCUUGAAAUUCUUUGUCUUGUAUGAGGUCAUAGUUUUCCUGUUUCCUCCAGCCUCCUUCAUAUUUCUUUUUGCUGCAGAUUUACUUUCUUCUGAAUUUGGAAAUCCCAGAGGGCUGUUUUGUUUUUACAGUUCUGGAGAUUGAACCCAGAGCUCACAGAUGGCUAGGGUAAAUGCUCUAUCAUAAGCUAGGUUCCUGGAGAGAGCCAGCUAUCUAACACAGACAUCCAUCAGUAUCCAUAGAUUUGUUCCAGGGUCCCUCCAGAUACCAAGAUCUGAGGAUGCUCAAAACUCAUGAAAUGACUUAGUAUCUACAUGAGACAUGAAUGAAAGUUCUGUGGAAAACCAAGAGAAAGAACUUCAGGAUCUGUUAUGGCAUCUACUGGCUAAUUUUGAAAGAGAUGACAAUAUAAUACCUGGAAUCUGGAUUACAUUAUAAAUCCUUAAAGAGAAGUACAUGGGGAUCCUGAGAUAUUUCUCUGUGUCAAAAGUGGAGAGAAGCAUCUUGUCAUAGUUACAGAAACAGGAAUAGUGUGGUUACUCUUCAAAGUGAUGAUUUCAGAAACAUUGCAAGUGAAAUAUAUUUGUCUUUGAAAUUCCAAGCCAAAUGGCCACACAAGACUCCCCUGUGAAAUUCUGUAAGAAAGAACUUCAGGAUCCUCAGGAGAGCAGAGAUCUCUUUGUAACUGAAGAAAACACUGAGAGAAAAGUAAUAAGAGGGGAAAAUCUUUCGAUGAACCGUUGUUCAGAAAACCUUCAAGUUAAACUUGUGUCUGAUGUAACAGAACUGGAGUCACCAUUGUUUGGUCAUGAGGCAAAUUGCCAGAGUAGACAGUUGGAGGGUUCUUUGGGUCCCUUUGACGGUAACUGUAAAGAUAUUUAUAGAUGGAGAUCACAGUUGGUUAGCUGUAGUCAUCAGAGAGCUCACACAGAGGAACAACCCUGUAACCAUAAUGACUGUGGGAAAAUACCAAUUACCAGCCCAGAUGUUCACCCCUCUGAAAAAAUCCAUACUGCAGACAAACAGUGCAAAUGUGGUGGGUGUGGCAAGGGCUUCAGUCAGAACUCAGAAAUACCACUUCAUCAGAGAGACCACACAGAAGGAAAACCCUACAAAUGUGAGCAGUGUGGGAAGGGCUUCACCAGGAGCUCUAGUCUGCUGAUCCAUCAAGCAGUCCACACGGAUGAGAAACCUUAUAAGUGUGACAAGUGUGGGAAGGGCUUCACCAGGAGCUCUAGUCUGCUUAUCCAUCACGCAGUCCAUACGGGUGAGAAACCUUAUAAAUGUGACAAGUGUGGGAAGGGCUUCAGUCAGAGCUCCAAACUGCACAUCCACCAGCGAGUCCAUACUGGGGAGAAACCCUAUGAGUGUGGGGAAUGUGGGAUGAGCUUCAGUCAGCGCUCAAACCUGCACAUCCACCAGCGAGUCCACACAGGAGAGAGGCCCUACAAGUGUGGAGAGUGUGGGAAGGGCUUUAGCCAGAGCUCAAACCUUCACAUUCACCGGUGCAUCCACACAGGAGAGAAGCCUUACCAGUGCUAUGAGUGUGGGAAGGGCUUCAGCCAGAGCUCAGACCUUCGCAUCCAUCUCAGGGUCCAUACUGGGGAGAAGCCCUAUCACUGCGGCAAGUGUGGGAAAGGGUUUAGCCAGAGUUCCAAGCUCCUCAUCCACCAGAGAGUGCAUACUGGAGAGAAGCCCUAUGAGUGCAGCAAAUGUGGAAAGGGCUUCAGCCAGAGCUCCAACCUUCACAUCCACCAGCGAGUUCACAGGAAAGAUCCCCAUUAAGUGACAUGAACCUGUUCAGGCUUUUGAGUACUUGUACUAUAAAGACUCAUAUAUUUUUAGUGUAACUCUUACUGUAUCUCAUGAAGGAGAUAGAUAGUAAGGUUAUUCAUAUAUGUUCCCUCACUGAAAAAUCAUUCAUCCAUUUAAAGUAUUUAAGUAUCAAGCACUGUGUUAUGGUAUACAAUGAGUGGACUAUUAUUCUGGUUGAUGACAGAGUGAAAACAUCUGUGCUGUGCAAUUUAGCAGUGUUAUUAGAACUAUGUAUCCUAUCCAGAAUUUUUAACUGCAAGAACUUUAUGUUUAUCCAAGCAGGGCAUGUUUUUCUUUGUUCACAUUCUCUUGAGAAAUUAGACUUAUUGUUUCUCUUCAAAUU